UGCAUGUCUAAACUACUUCUACAGAAAUCCACGAGAGUGGGCGCCUCGAUACUUCGAGAUUCGGAAUCACCCUAGAAUCACCAGCUUGUAUAAUUUCACGAACCAGAAAACGUGGAAACAGAAAUUGUGACAAUCCGGCGGCUGUUGCCCGCUGUGCCCGACAGUGCCCGCGGGGUAUACCAAACAUAUCACGUUUUCAUAGAAAAAUGCCUGCGUUCAUAAAACCUAACAUGUAUAAAUAAAUGACUAAUAAUUUUACGAUCUAUCCGAAAGGGAAGAACAUGCAAUAAAAAAUAAGUGCAUAGCGUGCCGAAUUCGUAAACUGAAAAGUGUGAUAUUCGUUUUGACAGAAAACGCGCAUAGUUCGUGCGCACGAUUAAAUUGGGUCGAUGUGCGAAAGAUGGCGGCCACUGCAUGGUGUGUGUGAUAAGAUUAUAGCAGUUAAUAAUCUUGAAACAGUGUCGAAUAGUUAGUAGUAACAUAAUCAAGGAUGCGAAAAUGUGAUUAAUAAAAUUGUGUAUCGUACGAUCGUGUGUAAAUAUUGCAUAUAUGUAUCGUAACAAAGAUAUCAUCGUUUGUUUACGAGAGGGCUUGUGUAACACCGCGAUUGAAACCGUGUGAAGGGGUAAAGAAACAGACUUCUAGGUAUCGAGUGUAUAAUUUUGAGUUUAGGUUGUUCAUACUAAAGACAUGCUGAAGCAAUUGCAAAUGGGGAUGAGAGCGUUCCUCCUGAUGGCCUCCCGGGUAUGGACCUGCGUCUGCUUUCUCCUAAAGAAGCAGGUUAGAGCCGUUUCCCAGAUGCAACCAGUCAAAUAUGAAAUUUUUCCGUUGUCUCCUUUAUCUAGGCACCGACUCAGUAUAGUUAAGAGAAAAGUCCUAGUUUUGGACUUAGACGAGACACUAAUUCACUCGCACCAUGACGGUGUUGCAAGACCGACUGUCAGGCCAGGCACACCGCCAGAUUUUGUCCUCAAAGUCACCAUAGAUCGUCAUCCAGUCAGAUUUUUUGUCCAUAAAAGGCCACACGUAGAUUUUUUCUUGGACAUUGUUAGUCAGUGGUACGAGCUGGUAGUAUUCACAGCUUCAAUGGAAAUUUAUGGAGCAGCAGUUGCUGACAAACUAGACAACAACAGAGGGAUUCUAAGACGGAGAUAUUAUAGACAGCACUGCACUCCAGAAAUGGGAUCUUACACUAAAGAUUUGGCUGCUAUUUGCUCAGACUUAGCAUCUGUUUUCAUUUUAGACAAUAGUCCUGGCGCCUACCGAGCUUAUCCACAUAAUGCAAUACCGAUAAAGUCUUGGUUUAGUGAUGCCGGCGACACAGCGCUACUCAGUUUACUUCCAGUGUUGGAUGCCUUACGGUUUACACAGGACGUCCGCUCUGUACUCUCUAGAAACUUACAUUUACAUCAUACAUGGUAGCAUAGCCCCUGCCAGUAAAACCCAUAGAAUAGAUUAGAGUUCAAACCGCUAACAGUCUAGUGUGUCUAGGGUAGAAUUAUUAUUAAUAAUUAAUAAUAGGAACGUUUAAGCGCUACCCAUGAAAUAAGAUGACAAAGUUUUGCCUUAGACUCUCUCCACUUUCUGUGCUUAUCAGUAGCGCCGAUAGAAAGUGCACACAGCAAGCUACUGUUAGCCAUCACCUACGUCAGCACAAUAAGUUAUGUAGGGUAUCAUUUUUUUUCUGCUUUUAUGUCAUAUUCGCCUUUCACCUUUGACACGUGAAAAAUGAAAACAAAUUAUCAGGGUCUGUAAAUGCACGAUAAACCGUAAUUUCUAUUAGCUUUUUAUUUUAUUAUCGUCAUCAUUACUAAUCCUCUUUUCAAUUCCACUCAGCAAACUGAUAUUUUUAGUAAAUAUUUUACGCCAUUCGACGUAUGUAGCAGGCAAUGAUGAUCCGAAUAAUUAUUCAAGUAACCAUACUGCAAUAACGAAUUCUAUUAGCUGCCCUAGAAUCACUAGGAAAUGUGUACUAGAAGAUAUCUAGCUGUACGCUCACUGUAUCAGUGAGGCAGCGGUAUGCCGAUUAUACCUGAAGUGAUUAUGAAGAAUCAGACAAACAGUAAUAAUAAACAUUAUGAAGCAACAGAAAUAUCUUUCUUUGUUACAAUUUUUUAUUCAACUCAUUAGGGUCGCCGUUGAUUAAUUAUCGAAUCGUAAUUCGCUCGAACGAUCCAUGUACACGUAAUUUAAAAUUAACAGGACAAACAUUGUAUGUGGCAUGGAAAAGAAUCGAUGAGAACAUAGCUCUAUAUUUUGCCCGCUUAUCUUCUAAUAACCCUAAACAUCAUUAUUAUUGCAUGGUUUGUACAUAUUAGAGCGCAAAGUGUGUAUGUUAGUAAGGAUGGCCGUGCAUCUGUCGGUUUGCGAAUGUCGCGUGCGGUUGUGGUAUACGUGAGAUAAUAUUAUAGUGAUAUACAUGAGCUAUAAAUAUACAUAUAUAUAUACACGUGUAUAUAUAUAUCUACGUGGAUAAUAUAUAUAGAUUUAUGAUUAUUAAUUAUAUAUUAUUAUUAAUAAUAAAUUCUUGAUCAUAGUGACAAAAUAACUGGGUAUUUAAAUAAGUCAUAUACAAACGUGUGCCGAAUCGUAUGUCGGCUGUUUUUCUUGAAUAAACAACAAUGAUUCGAUCUGUUUUUAUUCGUAUAUUUGGCAAUUUAUCGUAUGACUGAAUUGUAUGAGUAAUAUACUAACAAUAAACCUGCGUAACAAUGAAACACUUUUCUUAUAUGUACAAAACAAUGAUCGUACCAACAUCCAUAAUAAUGCGUGUAAAAAAGUCUACCAUAAUUGUAAAAGAAUUGAUGUAAUGAAACAUUGUAUUUGAGACUCAGUAGUUGCCUCCUGAUUAACAAUUUUCAUUCAAUUGUUGGAGAAAUUGAGAAAUUAUCUAAACUUGU